AUGCCUACUCCCUCUCUCUCUCUCUCCCUCUCUCUGACUGGUAUUGUAUUGAUUCUCUCUGUGACUGGUUUUUAUCCAUACUCUCGCUCUCUCCCUCUGGUUUUUCUUUCUCUCUCUGUUUUUUUUUAUUCAUACUCUCUCUCUCUCUCACUGAUUUUGUAUUCCUACUCUCUCUUUCUCUCUCUGACAGGUUUUGUAUUCUUUCUCUCUCUCUCUCUCUCUCUCUCUGGUUUUGUAUCCAUUCUCUCUCUUUCUGACUGGUUUUGUAUCCCUUCUCUCUAUCUCUCUCUGUUUUUGUGUCCUCUUCUCUCUCUCUCUCUUUUGUUUUUGUGUCCUUCUGUCUCCCCCUCUGGCUGGUUUUGUGUCCCUUCUGUCUCUCCCCCUGGUUUUCUUUUGUUCCCCCUUUCUCUUUUUUGUCCCUUCUGUCUCCCCCUGGCUGGUUUUGUGUCCCUUCUGUCUCCCCCCUCUGCUGGUUUUGUGUCCCUUCUGUCUCCCCCUGGCUGGUUUUGUGUCCCUUCUGUCUCCCCCUGGCUGGUUUUGUGUCCAUUCUGUCUCCCCCUGGCUGGUUUUAUGUCCAUUCUUUCUCUCUCUGUUUUUUUUUUUUUCAUAAUCUCUCUCUCUCUCUUUCUGAUUUUUUAUUCCUACCCUAUCUCCCUGACAUGUUUUGUAUUCCUCUCUCUCUCUCUCUCUCUCUCAGGUUUUGUAUUCUUUCUCUCUCUCUAA